AUGUUUGGCAUGAUCAAGAACUCGCUCUUCGGAAACACCGAGGAGACGGAAUACAAGCUGCUCAGCACUGAGACCAAGGAUGGAGUGAGUUUUGAGGUGCGGCGAUAUGAUGCUGCCAAAUACGCCGUGGUCUCCUCCGAGGGACGAAGCUUUGACCAGGCGACGGGGGAGCUGGUGAGGAAGCUGCUCAUGUACAUCGGUGGCAGCAACGAACAAGGUGAAGCCAUGGGCACAGCCGCGCCCCUCAUCAUCACGGUGUACCCGCGGAACGACGGCGUUCUGUCUCGCCGGCUGGUGGUCGGCAUCCGUGUGCCCACCGCGUACCAGCAGAGCCCCCCGACUCCCAGUGACAGUGCCAUCAGGAUCGAGGAGCGGCCCGGCAUGACGGUCUAUACUCUUCAGUUCGGAGGCUUCGCCGCGGAGAGCGAGUUCCGGGCGGAGGCCUUGCGUCUGACCCGCACUCUGGGUGAGACCGCCCCCUUCCAGCGCAAGCAGUACUUCUGCUGUAGCUUCGACCCGCCGCUCAAGCCUUACGGACGCCGCAACGAGGUGUGGUUUCUACAGGAGGAACCGUAG